GUAAAAUUUGCUGCUAGACUGCAUGCCAUAGGCUUCUUCAGCACGAUGCAGCGUACUUGUGGUUUGCGAAAGGCGACCGGCGCCGGACCAGUGCGAGCUGGCCGCAUUUCUUGCCCAAGGAUAGUUGCGUCUCGUAUUGCCGAAGCUAGCUUGCAGCCAAGCAUCAGUCGUGCAGCAGCGGUGAUGGAGCCGCCCACAGCGGCACGCGGCGUGGAUGCUUCACCUUCGUCGUCUCCAAUGUUCGGAAGAACACCAGCAGGAGUUUCAGAACAUCGGCCUGUGGCCUCUUUGGGUGCAGGAACAGUCCUGACAUCAUCGCUCAUUGCUAAAGCUGCUAACAAGUCAAUAGAAGAGCUGAGCAACCCCAGCUACUCCGCGGCCAAGGCGGCCUACCAGGGGGUGCCGGGCGCCUACAGCGAGGUGGCGGCGCGCAAGUCCUGCCCCGACUACGAGCCGCUGCCCUGUGACCAGUUCGAGGUGGCAUUCCAGGCUCUGAGCCAGUGGAUGUCGGAGCGCGCCGUGCUGCCCAUCGAGAACAGCCUGGGCGGCUCCAUCCACGCGGUGUACGACCUGCUGAUCCGCUACCGGCUGCACAUCGUGGGGGAGACCAGCCUGGCCAUCAACCACUGCCUGGUGGCGCUGCCGGGCAGCAGCAAGGAGGGGCUGACAAGGGUGAUGAGCCACCCGCAGGCCCUAGCCCAGUGCGACGGCUACCUGCGGCGCAUGGCGGUGGUGAAGGAGGCGGUGGACGACACGGCGGGCGCGGCGCAGAUUGUAGCACGGCAGGGGCUGCAGGGUGUUGGCGCCAUCUGCUCCCGCCGCGCUGCCGAGCUGUACGGGCUGGACGUGUUGGAGGAGGGCAUCCAGGACGUGAAGGACAACGUGACGCGCUUCAUCGUGCUGUCACGGGACCCCCUGGUGACCAGCGAGAGCGACACCCGCAAGUUCAAGACCUCCAUCGUGUUCUCGCUGCAGCCGGGCCCCGGGCAGCUGUUCAAGGCGCUGUCGGUGUUCGCGCUGCGAGACAUCGACCUGGCCAAGGUGGAGUCCCGGCCCAUGCGCACCAACCCCAUCGUGCAGAUCCCCUCCCAGGACGGCUCCAACGGCUCCCGGCAGAACUUCAACUACCUCUUCUACGUCGACUUCGUGGGCAGCCUCAUGGAGGUGCGCUGCCAGAACGCACUGCGGCACCUGCAGGAGACGGCUCCCUUCCUGCGCGUGCUGGGCUCCUACCCCAUGGACACUGAGCUGGGCUCCAUCAGCAACGACGACCCAGCCAUGAUGCAAAACAUGUCACGAUACAACUAACUGCGCAGCAGCUAGAUAGGAGGAGGAAGAAAGGAAGAGUGGCGGUACAGGAGUGUACGCAGCAGCAGGAAGGAUUAGGCUUUCCGUCAGGGUCAGGGUCCUCCCUGACGUAAGAGGGCCACUGGCCGCAGCAGCAGCAGAGCACGUACAGCGGGUUCAUGGGGACUGUAUCAAUAGCGGCGGUUCACGAGACACAUGGGUCAUUGUAGGGGUUGAGCAAUGUACGGUACGAGGUGCUGCUGCAGGUCAGCAGCAGGCCUGGCUUGUUGGCCCCUUUUGGUGCUUUGGGCAGAUUGAGCAUGAAGUGAGUGAACAACAUUAAUAGGGCCGGCUUGGCAGCUCUGCGCUGGGGCGAUUUCCUCGGUGGUGGGGCGACGGGAUGAGUCUGGGACUGCCCAGGAUGAGGAUGAUGAUGAUGAUGAAGAGGAGGAGGAGGAUGUGACAGCAGCAGCAGACGAAGGAGGGUUUUUGCGUGCAAGGGAGCGCAUUGUUUGGGAAUAUACAACGGCAUGAAGGGUGCGGUCGCUGCAUUAAAGCGAGCGGCGUGAAAGGAACGCUGAAUGGUAUAAGCUGUGGAGGAUGGCUUUCUGUCAUUGAAUGCGUAUGUGCAUGUGCCGCACACAGUUGCCGUACUACGACUUCUGCUGCAUUGCUGCCGCUGCUACAGUACUUGCGGGAGGCUUCAACGGCGUUGGUGAUACCUUUCCUUAGUAACUUGUUCACGCAGAGUACGUUCGUUUACGGGCUUCGGAUGUCGCUUGCGGUGCAACUAACAGUUUUGCGCGGGGCUGGCAUUUCGGGAUCACGCGCAUCUGUUCUGGCGUGCUACACUGUGUUGCAUGUUAAUAAUUAACGAGGUGAUAAGCUGUGGGUGUUGGACGGGUCGCGCGCCCUAAUAGAGGCGUAUGGGGUGCACACGGGCAGCUUGCAUGCGUAGCCUCAUAGACCUUGCAUGGUGACGUAUGGCGUUCUCCGCCUUCUGUGCACUGUGCUUGCGGGGACAGGAAGGUAAUAGGAAGC